AGGAGCUCUUACACUCCCUGAGUGUGAGGCCAUGAAACAGCACCAGUAACUUCUCUGCAGGUGUUUUAAGGAAAAUAUGGUUGGGUGAGACCUUGUAGGAGCCAGAAUACCUUAUUCUUUUUACCUAGGGCCCUUUAUUGCAACUUUGUAUUUAGUAAAUUUCACACUAUGCAUUUCUAUUCAAGUCUUAAUAGUGAAACAACAGUAGCAAGCCCAGUAUAUUUAGUUCAAGGAAACAAAUCCUAAGUCCUUCAUGUCUUCCCAGACUCACAUUUACAAUCAUAAAUAAUAUACCCACUGAGAAGGCCUUUUUUUUUUCUUCUUACACAAUAAAACUGAGGACAUGAUGCACAAUAUGCCCACAAAGUAACAAUCUGGAAUCUAGAAAAAGACAGCAUUAAGAUUGGCUGAAGUUUGGACUACAGUUUACACUACAGGAUUCUGGUCAAUGGAGAAAAUAGAAAACAGAGGGACUAGACAUAUGUAUAGGUCAUCCAGAAAUACAGUACAGUGCAAACGGGCUAUAGAUGUUCACUCACUCUGUUUGUUGGUGAUACUGCAUUGGAAGGGUCCAUCACACCAACAGAAAAGGGGACUACGAGGAUUUGAUUCAGAGCUCGUAGGAUACAGAAAUACUAAAUAACACACAGACUCUGAUUUCCACCUUUUAUGCUCGUGGGGAAGACAGAUGCUACACUGGGUGUUAGACUAGUUGCCAUCUUGAUGCCUUUCUCUUAUAAUUUGUAUAGAGGCGUCAGAUUCCAAAAGAGUAGCAAAAUCAACAAAGCCAUGUAAUGACUAAUUUUUAUAUAUGUUUCAAACUUCUGUUAUAUCAGUGUUUACUUAAACAUAGUAAGUCAUGUUCUUUUUGGCUUAUUUUUUAAGGAUAUAUUAAGUAAAUGCAUUAAAAUAUUUUUUAUUGUGGUUUCUAUAUUGGCUACUAUUCAUUUAUUAAAAACCUUGCAGAAUGCCAUAUUGACUUCUUUGCUAUACUCAGUGUAGUUACAUAGCUGAACCCACCAACCCUCAUGACAAAAGUUUAGCAAACUCUUAAAAAUCAUUUUUUCAGAUAAAAAGUUAAUUAUAUUAUUUCCCUUCAGACAGUUGAUAUUCUGCUUAUAUAUGUUAUAUGUACAUGUUCUAACUUAAAUAUGCAUUUUAAAUCUCUUUGGCUUGUUGUGUUGUUUUUGGCCAGUUCUCACUGCAGUCCUGGAACCUGUCACUCUUAGACCUGAGGCCCCAGUAACAACACUAGCUUCCAAAACAUCACAACAAAAACAUCAUCCACGUCCCAAACCAAAGCCUAUGCCGAGUCCUGAAGUAACUGAGUCCAAGCCAGUUCCUACAAAAGAACUUGAACCUGUGACCCUCAGAACUGAGACUUGGGUGACAACGAAAGCUGCUCAACCGCCAAAACGAACCCGUCGCCCACGCCCCAAACCCCAAACCAGGCCAACUCCUGAGGCUCCUCUAACUAAACCUGUUGCUGCUACAGAUCUUGAACCCAGUGCUCUUAGAACCGAAGCUCCUGUGACCAUGGUUCUUGCUACAGCCCUUGAGCCUGUCACUCUUAGAACCAAGUCUCCUGAGACAACAACAUUAGCUCCCAAAGUACAGCGGACGCGCCGUCCCCGCCCCAGACCUAAAACCACAGCAAGUACUGAUGUGUCUGAGUCCAAGUCUGCUCCCACUGAACUGCAAAUUGUUGUUUUGAAACCAGUGACCUCACCAAGCCUAGAAAUUACACAAAGUCAAUCUGGUAAAUUGCUUGAUUUAUCUGCCUGGCUGUACUAAGAGCUUUAGAAACAUACUGUAAUCCCC